AUGCAAAAGUACCAAUCCCGCAACGUCCUUGGCCUCGCUAUAUUCCUCGUGUCAUGUAGCGCAUGCAUCGGCAAAAAAAGAACACAAGAGACUGCUUCAACGCGAUCGCAAAUUUGCGCCACGCUGACUCAAUCGCGUCGCCAUGCACGCACUCAAACCCUGCAUCGCACCAUCAUCCUCACGACUCUUCAACACAAUUGUCGUUCACCGACGACAACAUGUAGCAAAGCGAAAUUCUUCACGCGCAAAACUUGCAUGACCGUGACAUCGUUGACCAAAAAAAAAAAAAGUGCGGGGAGCUCUCGAAGAGGUGCGGGGUAA